GGAGAGAGGGAGGGAGAGAAAGAAAGAGCCUGAAGAGAAAGGGUGCGGAGGAGACAGACGACAGGAGACGAAACGCUGAGACACAUCCAGAACCCCACAAGAAAAAAUGCCCAAUUUUGCAGGCACCUGGAAAAUGAAAAGCAGCGAGAAUUUCGAAGAUUUGCUAAAAGCUCUGGGAGUGAACGCAAUGCUGAGGAAGGUGGCGGUGGCGGCUGCGUCCAAGCCCCAUGUGGAGAUAAGGCAGAACGAUGAGCACUUCUACAUCAAGACAUCCACCACCGUCCGCACCACGGAGAUCAACUUCCUCAUGGGAGAGGAGUUUAAUGAGGAGACGUUGGAUGGCAGAAAGUGUAAGAGCUUGGCCACUUGGGAAACAGAAAACAAGAUGUACUGCAAACAGACUCUACUGAGCGGGAACGGCCCGAAGACCUUCUGGACCCGAGAACUCAAUGGGGAUGAACUCAUACUGACUUUCGGAGCCGAUGAUGUGGUGUGCACGCGCAUCUACGUACGUGCAUAGCAGAAGUCCACAAGUUCAAAUAUCCUCAACAAUUGGUGUUUUAAUGUCUGAGCUGUCAGUGUGAGAAAUUUCACAUAAAAUCAACAUUUUCUAAUUAUCUGUUUAGACAUUCAGUGUUUACCAUCUUCACAAAAGUCACAAUUUCAGAUGUUACCGUUUUAUAAAUUUUUGUAUGCAAUUUUCUAGCAUUGGAAAUCGAACAAAUUAUCUUUUGGUUGUUGUGUUAAAGAGUGUAAACUUUUGUAAAUGUAGAAAAGUCCAAAAGACAGAUAUAUCACCUGAUGAAGAACUUACGGGUUGACCUUUUUCUUUAAAAAAAAAGAAACAAGUGGCCCAUAUCAUAAAAACGCUGUCAAGAAUAAAAAAGAAGGUGGUCAACUAGAUUUCUUACUAUUUAACGUAUAGUUUAAUGCCCAACACCAUACUAACACUCAUGUACAACAUCAUAAAAGUCCAGACACAUUAAAAUGAAGUACGAACAAUGUCUUUAUGUACAAUCAUUUCCCCAAAACUUUCUGUGGUAUUCCAUAUUAAAACAUAGUAAAUAUAAAAACCCAAGUAAUAAACUGUUCCAAGAUU